AUGGCGACUGUAAAAAUGACUAGGGGUCGCCAAAAAGUGAAUAUGGUAAAAAUGACCAACGACAGCAACCUGCAAGUGACGUUCUCAAAGCGUCGUAAAGGUUUGUUCAAAAAAGCGAGUGAGCUCUGCACCCGAACAGGGUCAGAGCUUGCUGUUGUGGUCUUUUCUCCGGGGAGCAAAGUCUACUCCUUCGGUUCCCCGAGCGUAGAUCAAGUCCUAGAAAAGUACGAGACUAAGGCUCCACACUUCAUCGCUCCACAAGGCUCAACCGACGAGGCACAUCAGGCAAAUAGUAGCACUAAUAUGGUUAAACUUAAUGAAGAGCUCAGUGCACUAGAAGAUCACAUGGAUGCCAUGAAGAAAACAAGCAACAAACUCGCACAGAUGGCGAGUGCCAAUCAUAAUAGUUAUUGGUGGCAUGCUCCCAUUGAAGAGCUUAGCGUGGAACAACUUGAGCACCUGAAGCUUGCCUAUGAAGAGCUGCAUAGGGGAGUUCAAAUUCAAGCACAAAAAGGAUUGUCUCUAAAUGUUAAUUUAUUUCCCAAUUUCAACAUCCCGGUACCAAGUCAUCCCAAUAAUGCCUUUUUAGGUUAUGAAUCCCAACCACUACUACCACCUCCAAACAUUCAUUACCCAACUAUGCAUUCAGGUUCUAAUUUUGCUGAUGGAGCCACAUUUGCUGCUAAUCAGGGACCACCUGGAUAUGGGGAUGCUAAUUUAGCUUUUCCGUUUGAUGAUCCAAAUGUGCAAGGACCAUCUGGAUCUAGGGCAGCUUUUCCUUUUGAUGAUCCAAAUGCACCUGGUUGGUGGCCAUGA